AAACCCGGAAGUAAACAAGGUAAAGUGUGUAGAGCUCUCUCUAACAGGCCUGUUAUUCUCUUAAAUAUAUUUAUCUUCUGCGAAAAUAAAGAAGCUGACGAGACUCCGGUCGCUUUAUACAAAGUCAUGAUGCCCGCUCGGAGCAAUUCAGUCGGUGGGGGAAUCUCCAACAAUAAAGUAAAAUACUCCAGAGUAGCAGACAGUGAUGAAGGGUACAUCGAUCUGCAGUUUAAGAGAAGUCCACCUAAAGUCCCGUACAAGGCCAUCGCCCUGGCGACGUUUCUCUUCUUAGUGGGUUCGUUAUUAAUUAUUAUCGGUUCUCUGCUCCUCACCGGAUAUAUUCAUGUUGAGAAUCCGGACCGGACGAUUCCCGUCCUCAUCAUCGGGGUACUGGUCUUUCUCCCCGGCUUUUAUCACCUCAGGAUCGCCUUCUACGCCUCUAAAGGAUACCGCGGCUAUUCCUAUGACGAUAUUCCAGAUUUUGAUGACUGAUCCAGAUCCUGAUCCUGAUCCACAGUGUUGCUCGAGCUGCAUGACGCCUUUCGUUUCACUUCCUGCCUCUGAGCUCAGCGGAGCAGAGAUUCGGGACGAGUCCGCUACGCAAAAUAAAUAUUUACUUGGAUAUGCAAAUUAGAGUUUAGGACUCCACACGAAAAGCCAAAAGAAAUGCCUUUGUGUGUUACGUGCUGUGUUUUUAUGUACCAUGUGUCGUGUGACGUGAAAAUAGUUACAAGGAUAAUAAACUGUUUUUUAUGAUA